AUGAAGCAGCCGUACCGAUCAACGUGGCGGGUGUAUCUUCCCGGCUUGUUUGUGAUGUCGAUGUUUAGUGUUGUGGUUUAUUUUAGUCGGACGCGCUCCGAUGUGGUGAAGCACGGUUACGAUUUUGUUCCCAUCUACUCUGAGGACGGCAAGCUUGAGGGCUUCACACAUCCUGUGCUCGUGAAAGCGGGCAACCAGUACCGCGAGAUGGGGGAAGAACGGAGGGCGCGAUGA